UCCCAAUCCAUGUCACAAAGCCCUCACCCAAAAUCCAACCCCAGAAGCUAAACCCCGCUGCGUGCUCCCGUCUCCAUGGGCUCCUCCGGCGCCGAUCCGACGACAAGACGCCGCCUCGACAAAGGCCCCGUGGUCGAGGGCAACCCACCGCGCCUCCUCUUCGCCGUCGGGGCAUACCCGUGGAAGUUCCCGGCGGAGGAUGCCCCCGCCUUCAUCUUCUCCAUCGACGACGCCCUCGCGCGGCACGCCGACGUCCUCGAGUCCCUCGAGAUCUCCCUCGUGUUCCGCUGCCCUUCCCAGCUGUACAUCCCCAGCCUCGGCAAGUACGUCACGGAGCACCCCCACGCCGCGCUCAUCAGGGGCGAGCAAGUCCGCGCCUGGCUGCGUCACGGCAUGGCCCGCGUUCUGAGAUCCUUCGUGCUCGAGGUGCCGCCAUGCCCACCGCCGGCGACAACCAACAGGCGGGAGAAGAAGUCGACGGGGAAUCGGAAUGCGGGUGCCGCAGCAGCGAGGGAGGACCGCGAAGCUCUUGCGCUGCCGAGCACGGCUCUGGCCGACACCAUGGCGCUGACCUUGGGCGAUGCCGCCCUCUCGCUCCCCGUGCCCUCCGAGGCCGAGUUCCUCGCGCUCAGGGACUUGCUUCUCAGCAACGCGCGGAUCAACGAAGGGCGACGCCUCGGCGAGCUCCUGUCGUCGCCGUCCUGCCCUCUGCUGAGGAGGCUUCGGCUCGAGCACCUUGUGGGCAUGGAGGAGCUGGAACUGCAAGCCGAAAAGCUCGAAGAACUCACGAUCAUGGGCGCGCGCAACCUGUAUUGGCUGGAGGUGGACGCGCCCUACCUGCGCAGGCUCUGCGUCACCGAGUGCUUGGAGCUAGAAUCCAACAGAGGGCACAUGGCGAUCACCGCGAACGUGCUGGAGGCGCUCACGUGCUCCAACAUUUGCAAGAUGCAGGAGCUGCAAUUCGACGCGCCGUCAGUUCGGGUGAUCGAGAAGCUUCCUCUGUGGACGCACGGGCACGCCGACCAUGUGGCCCGCAACGCCGCCGCCAUCUCGAUCCUGAACCACUGCCCCGCCGCACGCCGGCUCAGCCUGCACCUACAUGUCCCGGAUUAUAUGAGAGAGCUCAUCGCGGAUGUUACGGGUUUAGUGAUGGUUGAUUUCCAGAGCAUAUUAGUGGAUGAUAUACCAGAACUACGUAAUAUUACUUCUCUGACGGUCACUAUCUCAACAUGGAAGGGGCACUCGUAUGCGGCUGGUUUGGCAAAGCUCAUCGCACAAUGCAUCAACCUUGAACGCCUAAGUAUUCACGUCAGGAGAGGGUCCCUGCAGAAUCCAUCACUUGCAUGCUUGGAUCAAAAUUGUGUCUGUAACGGCGAAGAUGGUUGGAAGAACCAGCAGAUCUCACUGCAGCGCCUUCAAUCUCUGGACUUCACGGGGGGCCAGGGACUGAAGUACGAAAAACGCCUCGGUCAGAUGAUAUUUGACGCCGCUGGAGUUCUCGAUAAAGUAAGGUUGCCUUAGAGAAGGAAUGGAUGAAUGCUCCUUUCUACUCCAUUGAAGGUUGGAUCACUUGUGGUGGUGGCUGUCUAUAGGUGGAUGCUGAAAUACCCAGAUGCACGAGCCCAUCUCAGUUCUGAUAUGCAAGCUUGACUUUUUUAGAUAGUUUGCAAGCUUGAAUGGCCUCUGUUUUCUUUCGGAGACACCAAAUCGGUCGAGGCUGAGAAAACUUGCUGAGUACAUUUCAUCGCUAAUAGCUCGUCUUGUCUCGUUUCCAAUCCAUCAAUGCUGUAGCCUGAAACCUAACUGUAGCUGCAAUCAUUCUACCAAAUGUUGUACAAGCUCCUUGAUCUUCUGAACUGUAGAAAUAUUUUGUUUUCGUUGGCUAUGAUACAUCUGAUAUGUGCAA